AUGCUUGGCGACUUGGAAACUCUUGAAAGAGAAAUAGCUUGUGGGCUGGAAGUGAUUGCAAAAGGAUUGCAAGAGCGAUAUGAAGAGUUUCAACAAGUUCUUCCUAUGGCUGCGGAAGAUAUAGUUACAAAAUUACAAAAUCUUGGCAAUAAGGUCGAAGAAAAAGUCAAACAAGCUGACAGUUUCAUCCGCGAAAGCAGUGGAAUGGAUAGUUCAGGCGAAAAAUCUCGUCUAACCAUAAGCACGCAAGAUCGUAUCCUCAGAAAGAAGCUCUCCGAGCUGUCCGAAUGCCGUGAGCUUCUCGAUAAGGUUCAAGAAAUUGAAGGACUUCUAGUUGCCUCUCGAUCUGACACAGUUGAUGUUGUCACUGAGGCCAAAAAUCUACUUGAGUGUGAAGCUCAGUUGAACGAAAUCACUAAGGAUGAUGGCUGGCCAGUUCUCACCGAUCGGAUUCGUGAUAUUUUACGUGAAGAAGUUGGUUUCAUGAUGAGCUCCCUAAAGUACAAGCUUGCAUAUGGAUUUGACGAGUUCGUUUCCUAUCCUGCUACUGAAGUGAAAGGAACUGUUCACAUGCAUAUUCGUAACGAAAGUGCCAUUAAUAAUAGUCAAGUGGGUAUUUUCUAUAAUAUAAUCCUUCUCUUUACGUAA